AUGGACAUUGUUGGGGACCUUAAAAAAAGCCCCAACAAAAAUCCUGCUGUCAAUGUCCACGUGGAAGUGCUUGUGAAAUCCAACAGCACGGCAAAGAGGACAGAGGUAAGGAUGUAUGUUCAUGCAUUGCUGAAUCGACACUCUGUGGUUUUGGGCCCCUACAAAUGGACUGAAUUUGAUGAGGACUUCCUGACCAAACAUGUGGAGUCGGUUGCCAUUGUGGACGUUGAACAUGAGGUACAUUACUUCUUACUUUUACAGUACCUCUCCCAACCCAUUGACCUGAAGAGCAGGAACCUCUGUAUCCAUAUAUUUACUCUGAACAAUGAUGGUCCUAGCACGCUUAACCUGGAGGAAGAUGAAGAGCUCUCUGCUGCCAACAGCUGGCUCUUACCAGCAGCUGAAUUUCAUGGUAUCUGGGAAAGCCUGGUUUAUGAUGGUGGUAUUAAAACUCAACUCUUGGAUUAUGUCACAACAACAAUUUUCUUCUCUGACAAAAAUGUUGACAGCAACCUUAUUGCAUGGAAUCGGGUGGUGUUACUCCAUGGGCCCCCAGGUACCGGGAAGACAUCCUUGUGUAAAGCACUCGCUCAGAAACUCUCCAUUCGAAUGUCAAACAGGUACUCUUAUGGUCAGUUUGUGGAAAUAAACAGUCACAGUCUCUUCUCCAAAUGGUUCUCAGAGAGUGGAAAACUUGUAACCAAGAUGUUCCAGAAAAUUCAACAGCUGAUUGAUGACAAAGAAGCUCUGGUCUUUGUCUUAAUUGAUGAGGUGGAGAGUCUCACAGCAGCGCGUAACGCUGCCUGUGCCGGCACUGAGCCGUCUGAUGCCAUCAGGGUGGUCAACUCAGUCCUCACUCAGCUGGACCAGAUCAAACGGCAUUCUAACGUGGUAAUCCUCACCACCUCCAACGUAACAGAGAAGAUUGAUCUGGCCUUUGUAGACCGAGCUGACAUAAAGCAGUACAUCGGCCCCCCGUCAGUGGACGGCAUCUUCAACAUCUACCUGUCCUGUCUUGAGGAGCUCAUGAAGUGUCAGAUCGUUUACCCAAGACAGCAGCUCUUCACUAUGUUUGAGCUGGAGACCAUGGGCUACGUGGAAAGCGACGUGUCUUUCUUCAGCCUCGUUCUUCGGGACAUCGCUGAGAAGAGCAAAGGUCUAAGUGGACGAGUACUGAGGAAACUUCCUUUUUUGGCCCAUGCACUGUUUGUGAAGACGCCCACGGUGACUCUUGAGAAAUUCUUGAAUGCCAUGGACCGAGCGGUCGACAAACAGCUUGAGGAGAAGGCGAACUUGGUCAACUGCGUUUGA